GAGGAAGAAGAAGAGGAGGAUCCAGCUGUUCUACGAUGGCCAUCAGAACUUCGCACAGGAGCUGGCCGUCAUUGUGGACCAAGAAGCCACGGCCGUCUCCCCUUCAGACCGGCUCAUGAACAUAAUCACCAUUGGACUGCAGCACGAACAUGUACGAAACGGAACCCCAGACCAGCGCCCCCGAGCCAGCCAUGUAUGAGACCGCCUAUGUCACCUCCCACAAGGACAAGUGUCGUGCUGCAGCCUUCUCCAUGGACGGGAGUUUAGUGGCCACGGGGAGUGUGGACGCCUCUAUAAAGUACAUCCUGUCGUCGGUUCUGGACAGCAUUGUCAAGUUGUGGGAGCUGUCAACAGGCCGAUGCCUCAUUGCCUACACUGGUGCCGGCUCAGUGGGCCGGCAGGAGCACAGCGCACACGCCAUGUUCAGCCACACCGAAGACUUUGUCAUGUUCCCGGACGAGGCCACCACCUCCCUCUGUGCCUGGGACGCUCGCAAUGCCCAGAGGAAGAACCUGCUGUCCCUCGGUCACAAUGGCCCUGUGCGACACAUGGUCCACUCACCCUGCUCGCCGGCCUUCAUCACCUGCUCAGAUGACUACUGGGCAAGGUUCUGGUACCGCAGGAAUGUCCACUGAAACCCUUCAACAAGACUUUGCUGAGGGUCAGGAAAGG